GCUGUCGGGAUCCAGUGAGGCAGCAGGGAGAGCUGGGAAAUCUGGGAGAUCUGGGAGAUCCGGGAGCUGGGAGUCGCUGAGGAAGAACCGGGACCUGAAGCGCCUGAAGGCGGACAGACGGGCCAGAGCCGCGGCCGGGAUCCAGCGCCCAGGACGCACACUGGACCUGCACGGGUGACUGAAGCCAGUGUGUGUGUCCUCCACCCUGCACUGUGUUCCAGCUGGACUGACCAGUGUUCCCAAACCAAAGAUGGAGCAGGUGUCAGACGAGGAGGUGGAGGUGAGGGAGGAGGAGGAGGAGGAAGAGGAGGACAGCGAUAAGGAGGACCAGGACCUGGACAAGAUGUUUGGAGCCUGGCUGGGCGAGCUGGACAAGCUCACACAGAGUCUGGAUGACGGUCGCCCUGAGCAGCCUCAGGCUCCUCGGCAGCAGAAAGCUCCUCUCAGGCAGGAGACCAACAUGGCCAACUUCUCCUACAGAUUCUCCAUCUACAACAUCAACGAGGCCUUGAAUCAGGGUGAGAACGUGGAUCUGGAUGCUCUGAUGGCUGAUCUUUGCUCCAUCGAGCAGGAGCUCAGCACCAUCAGUAAGCCCGGCGGCGGCGGCGGUGGGAUGGCCCGCCUCGGCCUGACCGACACCAAGGUGCGUCAGAAGCCCCCGGCGGGCCGCAGCAGCAGGCAGCAGCCAGCAGGGGGCGGCGGCGCUGCGGGUGGUGGUGCCGGUGGCGGUGGCAGCAGCGGGGCGAGCAGCAGCAGCAGCAGCACUCGGGCGUCGCCGGCCGGCACCAUCAGAGCUGCCGCCGGGCAUCAUGGGAGACCGGCACUGGCGUCCAACUUCAGCCUGGAUGACAUCACCGCCCAGCUGGAGAAGGCGUCUCUCAGCAUGGACGAAGCCGCCCGCCAGAGCUCCUCCCACUCUCUGAGCUCCGCCUCCUCCUCGUCGUACACGUCGGCCACCAUGCGACGCCCCGCCUCCUCUCACCGCCAGCACCGCCGCACAGGCUCGGUCGGCACCGUCAGCGAACAUGAGGCGCGUUCCAUCGUCCACUCUGCGCGCUCCUCCGUCACCUCGGCGUCCGGCGUCUCCGUGAACUCCGCCUCCUCCAUGGACUCGCUGGACAGCGUCCUGCGCUCCGCCGAGUCUGACGGCCUGCAGCCCUCGGCCACACCCCCUCCCGAGGCAGCCAAUGCCGGGCCGCCGAACUCCGAGCACUCGUACCUGGACAGGGAAACUUCUCUGAUUCUCAGAAACAUUGCAGGGAAACCUUCGCACCUGCUGACCAAGGAGGAGCAGGCUGCCAAGCUGAAGGCAGAGAAGAUCCGAGUGGCUCUGGAGAAAAUCAAGGAGGCGCAGGUUAAAAAGCUGGUGAUCCGAGUCCACCUGUCAGACGAGAGCUCCAAGACCAUGAUGGUGGACGAGAGACAGACAGUCAGACAGGUGGUGGACAGCCUGCUGGAUAAAUCUCACUGUGGCUUCAGUCCUGACUGGUCGCUGGUGGAAACCAUCAACGAGCUGCAGAUGGAGCGGAUCUUCGAGGAUCAUGAGAACCUGGUGGAGAACCUGCUGAACUGGACCAGAGACAGUCAGAACCGGCUGAUGUUCACCGAGCGCAUCGAGAAGUACGCUCUGUUCAAAAACCCCCAGAACUAUUUACUGGGGCGGAAGGAGACGUGUGAGAUGGCCGACAGGAACAAAGAGGCUCUGCUGGAGGAGUGUUUCUGCGGCAGCUCGGUCUCGGUGCCGGAGAUGGAGGGAGUUCUGUGGCUGAAGGAAGACGGAAAGAAGUCGUGGAAGAAACGCUACUUCCUGCUCCGAGCCUCCGGCAUCUACUACGUCCCCAAGGGCAAGGCCAAGGCGUCCAGAGACCUGGUGUGUUUCCUGCAGUUGGAUCACGUGAACGUUUACUACGGCCAGGACUACAAGAGCAAAUACAAAGCUCCCACCGACUACUGCAUGGUGCUGAAGCAUCCUCAGAUCCAGAAGAAGUCCCAGUACAUCAAGUACCUCUGCUGUGAUGAUGUCAGAACCCUGCACCAAUGGAUCAACAGCAUCCGCAUCGCCAAGUAUGGGAAGCAGCUGUACAUUAACUUCCAGGAGGCGAUGAGGAGGACGGAGGCGGCGUACGACUGGUCCUCCCUCUCCUCCUCCUCCAUCAAGUCUGGAUCCAGCUCGUCCAGCCUGCCAGAGUCCCAGUCCAACCACUCCAGCCAAUCAGACAGCGGCGUGUCAGAGAUGACAUCAUCAGGCCACGCCCGCUCCCAGAGUGUCGUCAGCUCCAUUUUCUCUGAGGCCUGGAGGAGGGGAACGCAGGGGGAGAUGAUGAAGAUCGAUCCGAUCAGUAGGCCUAUCCCUUUGCAGAUUCCCACACUCUCCCCCCACCCCCUGCCCAUCUCCCAGCCCCAGACUCCGCCCUCCCGCACCAGCUACACCGGCAGCCCCUCCCCCUCUGAGGAAUCCUCCCCAUCCCCCCCUUCACCUCCUCCGCCUCCCCCUCCUCCCCCUGUCUCCAGCACCGCCCAUCAAUCGGCGCCUCCCACCUCGUAUGUCAAAUACAGCACGCUGGCCCGCCUGCAGGGCCAGAGCCAGUCCAGGACUGGCGUCACACCCCCAGCCCCGCCCUCCCAGUCUGCCAAACCCAACUACAACACCCUCCCCGCCGCCUACAGCACCUCACCUCCUCCGCCUCCCUCGCCUCCCCCUCCUCCUCCAGUCGCGAUGCCAGCUCCUGGCUCAGCCAUGGCGGUGCUGAAGCUCAGUGCAUCGAGUCCCUCUGCUCUCCCGCCACCGCCACCCUUAGACGAGGAGGUGCAGCAGCCUUCGUACCUCCCCCCUCCUCCCCCAGAGAGUCUGGAGGCCAAUGGUUUGCCUCCUCCACCUCCUCCAGAGCCAAUCCCCACCUCCUACCCUGUGCUCUCCAACACCGGCCUGCAGCAGUUCCUGUCGCAGAAGUUUCCCAACAUGGUGUACGACUUCAGCCCGGUGACGCUCGACGACAAUCCUCCGCCUCCACCUCCUGCUGAGCUUUCUCCUCCUGCUUCGCUGCAGCUUUACCAGCCUGUCUCGCCCUCCGCACCUCCUCCUGCACCUCCCAAAACCUUCACCGGCGGUUUCCCUCCUCAAACUGCUCCCAAACCCUCGGGACCUUCCUCCCUGCCACUCACCCUCUCCCCUAUAUCGCCAAAUCCUCCCCAAAAUGCCCACGGGCCGGUGAAAAAGCAGCAAAGCUUCUCGACAGGACACUCCCCCAAUCAGCCGCCUCCCACUCUGCCCAAGCAGCACAGCCUCUCCUCAAAGAACCUCACUCUCUCUCCUCCUUCUUCCUCCUCUGCGGUCUCCAUCGCAGCCGCCACUUCCUCUUUGGUCAAACAGAUUGUCAAUCAGUUCCCUGGAAACUCUGCCCUUUCCUCUCUCCCUGCCUCCAACUCCAUGGAGGGGUCAAAGUUUUCUGCUCCUCAGUCUCCUCCUGCAGUAAAGGCCAAACCCAAGUGGCAGCCAGGAGGCGCUGUGGCUCCGCAGUCACCAGAAUUCCCACCGCCUCCUCCUGAGAGCUCCCUGUCCGAUUUCCCACCUCCUCCAGCCUCGUCCUCCUCCAAGACCGGCUCCCCCAUCAAGAAGUCCCCUUCCACCUCCUCCACAGGCUCCACCAAGCGAGGGCCUCCUCCGACCCCACAGAGAGCCUCCUCCAUCCGGUCCAACUCGGGAGGCGAGACCCAGGAUGAGAGGCCGAAGAAGGUGGAGAGUCUGGUCAGCAAGUUCGGCCAAGCUCCUCAGACCGGCACCUCCUCCAGCUCCUCCUCAGCGACUGGCUCUCCCUCUAAAGACUCUGCACCUCCUGCAGCACUUCCCAAACCAGGGAAGUUGAACUUGGCAAACCUGCCGCUGGCACUCCAAGGGCUGCAGACGGGCCAGCAUCGCCAGUCCUCCGACUUCCCCUCUCCUCCUCCCCCACCUCCCCCCUCCCAGCCUACUCACUUUGACUCCUCUCCUGACUACUUUCCGCCUCCCCCGAGUGACUCGGAGCUUUUCCCACCUCCUCCCCACCCAUCUGAGUUCCAUCAGCCCCCGAGGGUCGCCGUGGUCAACCCCCAGCCUCAGAUGCCGCCGCCGCAGCAGCCGUCGGCAGCUGUCUCGUCCUCCACAUCAUCGUCAUGGAAACAAAGUUCACUGAAGAAAGGGGCAGUGCCUCCUCCGGCACUGAGCCGGCGGAGCAGCAACACGAUGCAGUACGACGGUACGAUUUCGAUCCCCCUUUCUCCACCUCCUCUCUCCCAGACACCUCCUCCCUCUCUGACGUCUUACUCGUCGUCCUCCUCUCCCAUUCCUCCCACCUCCCCCAAAGCGGCGGCGCCGGGCUCACUGGGACUGCAGCCCCACUUCCUGGAGGACCUCAACCGCACCCUGAAGAGGAAGUCGGUCUCACGUCAUGGCUCGCUCACCUCCUCCCGCCUCAUCCCCUCCUCCAAGAUGGAGCCCAUGGCUACCAUGGACGACAUGGCACUCCUCCCGCCUCCUCCUCCUGAGCUCCUGCCGCAGCAGCAGCAGGGUGGGCGAGCACACUCCCAAACUCUCUCUCGCCACCACACACACUCCCACUCCACCAAACACGCCAACAUCUCAGGCUAUGCAACGCUGCGGCGAGGCCCGCCUCCUGCCCCACCUAAACGGGACCAAAGCACCAAACUGACCAGUGAAUGGUAGGGAGCAAGGACAUGGGGGCGAGGCCUAAAGAAUUGAACUGACCAAUGAGGUCCCAUCAUUCUCACAGAGAAGAAAUAAUCACAUUUGUCUGUCUUGUCCUGUCUGUUCCUCCUCUCAUGCUAACCCGACCAAACCUGGACUCAGAGCAAGUAGCAAGCCCUCUUCCCCUUAAUCUCAGAUUAUCAUUCUUCCUAUUAUCCUCAUUAUUACUAUUAUUACCGAUACAUGUUUAAUCCAAUGAAAUGAGUAAAUAUAUAAAUAUAUAUAUGUAUACAAGCAAGCCAGAAAAACACCUAUCAAGCUUUUUCCACAAUGUUUGUGCAGCUUUGCAUCGAAAAAUAUAAACGACAAGACGUGAGCGACAAUGGCAACAGAGACAUUUUGCUGCAAUGUAACUGGUACUGCAUGGAGCCAUGGAAACGAACGUAGCGCUACCAUAGCAACGGUUUAGGGAGUGAUGGAUUGAAGGGAAGAAUGGAGGAGAGAAAGGAGAGAGAUCAGAAAGAGUUGGGAUGGUGUGUAUAAAACAUGUAUGUUGUGAACUGGGGCGGGGCGGGGGGGUUGGGGCACGGUUAGAGGGAGCAUUUCCAUUUAUUUCAAACUUUUUUGUGUGUUUUUAUAUAAGAUUAUUUAAUACCGGAAAGAUAUUGUUAUUAUUAUAAUUAUUUUAAGUUUAUAAGAAGUGUAGAGAGAAGACUAGACAUGGAUCUGUAUUCUCAAAGCCUCAAAGUGUUAAUCUGGAUUACUAGCCUAGCUAACCAGGCUACGACUGGUGCCACUAACAUGGGGUUUGAUUACCUUUGGAUUACCCCGAUCAUCUUCCCCUCAAAGAGCAUUGAAGCUGUUUGGGCGAUUUGUGGUGGCCCAACACUUUGCUAAGACUCUUUAUGUCGGUCUGUAGCAAGAACUAUCCACAGCACUUCAACCACAGGCUACAUCACGUCGUCACAAAUGGUCUUUUUUCCUGCUAAGUUUGAUGUUCUGACCAAUUUGCAACUAUUAUUUAAAAACUGAGUAAUAUACACAUUCACAAAGGGUACCAUGAUCCAUUGUCAAUCCAACUGUCCGAUCCAUAUUUUCAAAGAAAGAUGCCUUUUUGAUGUUAGUCAGCAUUAGCUAGGCUACAUCAAACUGACUUACCAGACUACUAAAAUUCUGCUUUGAAACUGCUGGGUUGAUUAAAGAUUAGAUUAAAUGUCAUUCAGCGAUUUAGUUAGUUAGUUAGUUAGUUAGUUAGUUAUUCCCUCGGUCAGUUUGCUGCCUUGGCCUAGUUAGUCAGUUGCAUCUGACUGUUAAGACUGAAUAAAUCCCAUCUGCACUUAGGCCUAGUCGGUUAGCUUUUUGAUUCAUCAAAGUAGCUUCCUCGACACUUUGGUUAGAUUUAAAAAAAAAAAUGUAAAGAAAAAACAAACUGAAUCCAGAUCAGCUGGCAGGAGCUUUCUGAAUACAUUUCCUGGUCAAGUGUAGUUUAUGUGUCGCUGAACCUGGGUCAGUUACUACCUGAAAUCCUUUCAACUGUGUUUGGCCUCCUGUUUUUAUCUCCGUUUGGUGUUGCUGGUUUUAAAUUAUCUGCAUGACAUUUCCCAGUGCAACACCACCGAUGCCAAAAAUUUCAAUAAUAUUGUUCCAAUUUUGUUUUCAUCCAGUGUGCACUCAUUUGUGUUUGUGCUAAAGUAUUUUCAAGUCAUUUUAAUGAAUUAAGAGGUUUGUAAAUUUGUUUGGAUUCAUCUUGAAAUCAAACUUGUGUCUGUUGUGGGAUUGUUGGAUGGGAGAAUUCAGUGGGGAGACACAAAACAUAAAUAUUCUGCUUAGUUAACAUUCAAAUCCAGGCCGGCUGACGAUGAGUGAGCUCAGCGUCUUGCUCAGUGACACUUCAGCGGUACAUGUGUUGGUCAACCUGCUGUCAUCUUAAUUAAAUGAGGAAAUUCAAAGGUGCAGAUGAGUUCCUGCAUGGGUCUUAAAAAAAAAAGACAAUGAAUCUCAUAAUCCCAAAGCCUUGAAAACGAAGGGAAUUGGACAGAAGUGUCUUGGAAAGUAUGGAUAAUGGAUUAGGAUAAGUCUUGAGAAGCUGCAGAAUUGGACAAGCUGUUGUCCACUCUUGGAAAGCAUGUGACUACACAUUUCUGUAGUUGUUACCUCACUGCCAGUCAACAUUUUGCGAAGUCUGUAGAAGAAAAAUGGCAAAUAGUCAUACUGCCCAGCCGCUAACGGCAAACAUCACACUGAACACUUUACAUCCAGUCAACAGGUUAAGGAUUGAACAAAGAAUUCAACUAUGAAAUGGUAAAUGUGUAGGAAGGUUACGGAUUCUGAAGACUAAAGUUCAGGAGAGUCUAGAUGUUUCUGCAGGUUCUAGUUUCCCUAAAGGGAUCAGUAAAGUCUGGAGUGUCCACUUGGUCUGAUUGGGCCUGACAGUCGGACAGAAGUUGAAUCCAUUUCACCAGUUACUGGACCCAGGUUGGAGCAGAGAGGCAGACAGGACGGAGUGAAUUGGUUUUACCAUGCUGUACCCAAAACUGACCCAGAACACCAUGUUGUCCCAUCAUGUUUUGUGAAAUUGAGUUUAGUAAAGGUAUGAGAGAACUGGGACGGAAGCGGAACCAAAUUUUGGGUUGUUCUAGAUACUUUGAAAGAGCACCAGUAGGUACAUGAUGAUGUACAAAACUCUGUUUUAAAUGGAAAACUAUUUUUUGUGAUGAAGAAUGAAAAAAAAUGUCUGCAAAAUUUAGAGAUUGUUUGCUUUUUCAUUGCAAAAUUGUUUUUUUCCUGCACCUAGACCUGACUUGGGUUUGAUGUGCACACGUGCAGACCUUUUUCUAAAAUGGAAAACUAGACUGUACUGGUUGUGUAUCAGGCCCAUAGUAAUUUCAGUAUGAGUACAGCAUGGUUCUGGUACUGUGCCAUAACCAUAUUAACACCCAGUUUGGGAACAGGACUUGCAGCAUCCGCUGAUGUAGGACUCUUGUCCUCUGGGCCCAGUUUUUCCCAGAAUGUUUCAUCUGGAUCAGAAUUACUCACAUUUUUUCAUCUCAUUUCUUUCCAAUCCAUGAUCAGACUGAUUUUUCUGAGUUUAAUUGUUUUUUCUAAAAAAUAAUUAUCAAACCUUUGCAAUGCAGAUACCUUAUGAUCAAGAUGCCUGUUCUGCCAUCUACCGGACAAAUAAUGGUACAACAGCAAUGACACAGAUUGCGCAAGACCAUUUGUACAUUACUUUUAUUCACUCACCGGGACAGUUGGGCACAAUGCGUAAGGAUUUUGAGACAGUUCACACUGUUUGUGGAUGUUAAAAAAUCCCAUUUCUGUGCAAACUGUUUUCAUACAUGAAUUCAUGGAUCCUUUUCAAAAUAAAGGUUACCAGGAGCAGCUGGUCCAGGAGUCAGUAUGAACCUUUGUUUUGAAGGUUUUGUUCUAGGCCUGAUCGAUAUGGACAAAAUCAGUGUCAUGACAAUCUUAAAGAUUUUUUUCAAAACUGAUAGAUGUCACAUUAAGGUUCAUGUAUGCAAAUUAAUGUUCAUCCAUUGAACUAAAUGGUAAUGUUGAUGUCAAACACUUGACAUUUUUAAAUAUGAUUCCUACCGUAUCUCAUUUUGUCGAUUUUUCAAUAAAAUUAGCUUAUCAUCUCUUCACACAGCAGAACUGCAUGUCACAACAUCCCAAAAUCACAUUAUCCAAUAAUUGCUUCACACUAUUUUGUUCAUUUAAUAGAAAUGGAAACACUGAAUACAACCCACCCCCACCCCCCUCCACAUCCUCACCAAUCACCACACAUUGUCACAAUUUUGAGGCCUUUUGUCUAAAUCCUCCCUGAAUCCUCCCCUCCGGCAGGAUUAACCUGAUUUUUUUUUCUUUUUUUUAACUGUGCUAAUCUCUGCCUUUGAUUUUUGGAAAGCAGACACAUUUAAAGCUGAGUUGUAGUGCUUUUCAGAGGAUUACCUCGUCCAGCUUCCAGCUUGAAUGAUGACGACAGUUUCAUUAAUCAGUUUUGCGAGCGAGUUUCCAGAUGUCAUGACAACACAACGCUUUCUGAGAGGUAGAACAUGAGGUGGAGGCGAGCUGGACCCUAACGCCGGCUCGUCUCCAGGCUCAGAGCAGGCAGUCUGAGGUGGACUCUGUGAAUCUGUGCGACCGGAGGUGAACGACAGGAAACCUCCUCAGUGUUUACAAUCUUCUAAGACCUGAAGCGACCGAGAACUCACUGACAGUCGCUCUGCUCUUCAUCACGCUCAGUGGAAUCGUCUUCAUCAGUGGCCAAUCACAGAGCAACGCUGCAGCAGCUCAAACUGCGGCGUCCAUCUUCCUCUGCAUCUGCAGACUGUACAGACCCCCCGUCCAUCACUGCCAAGAUGAUGGCUCCUGGUUUUGUUUGGAUACAGCACCGAGACGGCUGAAAUCCUACAGCAGGUGUGUGUGUGUGUGUGUGUGUGUGUGUGUGUGUUGUUCUGACUGGACCGACGGCGGUGAGGUGUGUUCAGGUGUGAAAGGUGCUUAAUGAAGGUGAAACUCUGUAAGUGACUGGCUCAUUAAAGGAGGCGGGUUCAUCAGCCAACCUGCUCAGUUUCUAUUGGUCA